GCCCUCCAGCCGGCGGCGGUUGUUGUUCCGCGGCGGCGGCCGCAGCUCGGGUGCAGCCUCCGGCCGCCCGCCGUCCGGCCGGUCCGCGCGCGCGGCCAUGGAGCUAGAGGUGCCGGACGAGGCGGAGAGCGCCGAGGCGGGGGCCGUGACCUCGGAGGCGGCCUGGGCCGCGGAGAGCGGGGCGGCGGCAGGCUUGGCCCAGAAGAAGGUGGCCCCCACGGAGGCCCCACUGAUGACUGGACAGCCGGGUCCUGGCCACGGGAAGAAGCUGGGUCAUCGGGGUGUGGAUGCCUCUGGUGAAACCACCUAUAAGAAGACCACCUCGUCCACCCUGAAGGGAGCCAUCCAGCUGGGCAUCGGCUAUACCGUGGGCAACCUGAGCUCCAAGCCGGAGCGCGACGUGCUCAUGCAGGACUUCUACGUCGUGGAGAGCAUCUUCUUCCCCAGCGAAGGCAGCAACCUCACCCCCGCCCACCACUUCCAGGACUUCAGGUUCAAGACCUACGCCCCUGUUGCCUUCCGCUAUUUCCGGGAGCUCUUCGGGAUCCGACCUGACGAUUACUUGUACUCGCUGUGCAAUGAGCCACUGAUCGAGCUGUCCAACCCUGGUGCCAGCGGCUCCUUGUUCUACGUCACCAGCGACGACGAGUUCAUCAUCAAGACAGUGAUGCACAAGGAGGCCGAGUUCCUGCAGAAGCUGCUACCCGGCUACUAUAUGAACCUCAACCAGAACCCGAGGACGCUGCUGCCCAAGUUCUACGGGCUGUACUGCGUGCAGUCAGGUGGCAAGAACAUCCGCGUGGUGGUCAUGAACAACAUCCUGCCGCGGGUCGUCAAGAUGCACCUCAAGUUUGACCUCAAGGGCUCCACGUACAAGCGGCGGGCCAGCAAGAAGGAGAAGGAGAAAACCAUUCCCACCUACAAGGACCUGGACUUCAUCCAGGACAUGCCUGAGGGGCUGCUGCUCGACGCCGACACCUUCUCCGCGCUCGUCAAGACGCUGCAGCGGGACUGCCUGGUGCUAGAGAGCUUCAAGAUCAUGGACUAUAGUCUACUCCUGGGCGUGCACAACAUCGACCAGCAGGAGCGCGAGCGGCAGGCCGAGGGUGCCCAGAGCAGCGCGGACGAGAAGCGGCCGCUGGGCCAGAAGGCGCUCUACUCCACGGCCAUGGAGUCCAUCCAGGGCGGGGCCGCGCGGGGCGAGGCCAUCGAGUCUGACGACACGAUGGGCGGCAUCCCCGCCGUGAACGGCCGUGGCGAGCGUCUGCUGCUGCAUAUCGGCAUCAUUGACAUUCUGCAGUCCUACAGGUUCAUCAAGAAGCUGGAGCACACCUGGAAGGCCCUCGUGCAUGACGGGGACACCGUCUCUGUCCACCGGCCCAGCUUCUAUGCCGAGCGCUUCUUCAAGUUCAUGAGCAACACGGUCUUCCGGAAGAAUUCCUCCCUGAAGUCCUCACCAUCCAAGAAGGGCCGUGGUGCCUUGCUGGCCGUUAAGCCCCUGGGGCCCACCGCUGCCUUCUCAGCCAGCCAGAUCCCCAGUGAGCGCGAGGACGCACAGUACGACCUCCGUGGGGCCCGCAGCUACCCCACGCUAGAGGACGAAGGCCGGCCCGACCUCCUGCCCUGCACACCGCCAUCUUUCGAGGAGGCCACCACCGCCUCCAUCGCUACAACCCUGUCCUCCACGUCGCUCUCCAUCCCGGAGCGGUCUCCCUCGGAGACAUCGGAGCAGCCGCGGUACCGGCGGCGCACGCAGUCUUCGGGACAGGAUGGCCGGCCCCAGGAGGAGACCCACGUGGAGGAGGACCUGCAGCAGAUCACGGUGCAGGUGGAGCCCGCGUGCAGCGUUGAGAUCGUGGUCCCCAAGGAGGAGGACGCGGGGGUGGAGGCUUCCCCAGCCGCUGCCGCUGCCGCUGCCGAAGCAGAAACCACCAGCCAGGCCUCGGAGCCCGCCAGCCAGGCCUCGGACGAGGAGGACGCACCCGCCACAGACAUCUACUUUUUCACCGAUGGGAGGUACUGGAUUUACUCUCCCCGGCAUCGCCGACUGCGGGCCGUGACGCUGAGCUCCUCAGGGACUCCCACCGAUGAGAGGAGCUGGGUGUACUCCCCGCUUCACUAUAGCGCGCACGCCCACCCAGCCUCCGACGGCGAGAGCGACACCUAAUGUCUAUGCAGUCACCGACCCGGAGCCGAGCGCCCGCCGCCGCCGCCGCCGCCGCCGCCGCCGCCGCCCUGGCUGCUUUCCGGAGGCGCUGCCCGCCCGCAGGACCUGGCUUCACCGCCGGCCCGCCGCUCCCGUCGACUACCUAUGCCUGUGAGACUGUGAACCUCCCUGAGUGUCCGAUCACGUAUUUAUUUUGGGUCCUUACUCUUUGCACAAAGACGGCAGCACAGGUGUGCUUUUUUACAAAAAGAUUUGAAAAAACAAAACAAAAAGAACA